AUGGACUCUUCUUUCCAUCAAACUGCAACCUUCAGAUAUCUACUUUUUGUGACUUUGAUUAGGCAAGUUGUCCGCUCACACGAUGCUCCACAACUGGUUUCAUUGUCAAAUUGGGCGAUAGCCCCAUCUUUUGGCGCACCACGAAACAAACAACUGUUUCUCGCUCUUCUGCUGAAGCUGAAUAUCGAACUUACUGUGCCGCAUCCACAACCUAUUCUACUUCACUAUGACAAUCAGGAAGCAAUCCACAUUGCACGUAAUCCGGUAGCUAAUCUUUUUACUAAACCAUUGGGACGUGGGGUUCAAGUUGGGCAUUACGGACCUCCAUGCUUCAACUUGAGGGGGAGUAUUAUAGCCAGCUCACCAAUAGCAAUCAAUGGCAAUCAACACAAAGAAUUUUCUUUUAUAGUUUUGUAUUUCAGGUACAGCAAAGUUGCUUAUCUGGAUACUGAUGUUGGGCAGACAGAAUUUACUCCUCCUGGUCUUCUAUCACUCACUGUGAUUGACAAAGUAACUCCAGAUUUGACAAUUCCAUGUCUCAAAACCCCCGAAAGAUGCUUUUUCUUUGGUGACAUCUCCUCCAAAAGGAACCCAACAGCCUAUUUGACCAGCAUAUUUUCCCUUUACGAUCACUAUUGGAAAGAAUACUGCACGAAGAACAAGAUUGAUGUCCAGGACAAUGCUGGAUUGCCACUUGUCAUAAAUACCCCUGGCUGGGUUAAAGGUAUUGGUUAUGAAAUACUUGUGGACAUGUUGAAGUAUAUGUCUCCAACACACGUGGUUAAAAUUUGCAUAUCAUCUGUGGUCAAGAACUUACCAGCUGGGGCAUUUUGGUUAGAUGAGGGAAGUACUGAUAGAGUUACCGUCAUUGAGAUCAAUUCUGCUCGUUGGGACCAUUUGAAAAGAUCGUUGCUGGUACAAAAGGAUUCUCGUCUUCUGAGAGAUCUACGUGUAAUGGCAUAUUUUAGACAAUGCUUUCCUAGUGAGAUGAAUAUAUCAACAAUUAAGGAACUUGCCCGCGCAUUAGCUGCUCACCCUCCUUAUGAAAUUUCUAUAUCUGGUGUCAAAAUGAAACACAGUCAUUGUGAGGUUUCAAAAACUGAAAUUUUCUACAGUUUGAAUGCGACUAUUAUUGGUCUUGCAGUUAGUUCAGAAGUUUCCGAGCAAUUACCUCAUUGUGUUGGUUUGGGAAUUGUGAGAGGCAUUGACACCUUCAAAGGUUUGCUCUACAUUAUUACCCCCGUCCCACAGCAGACUCUGGAGGAUGUUGAUCUUUUGCUUCAGGGCUUCGUUCAAAUUCCUACUUGUUUACUGCAGGUGCAAGGCUGUAUUUCCCCUUACAUGUCUGCAAAUGUCCUAUCUACUAAUUAGGAGCAAAUAACUGUAGUUGUAGAGUUCCUGUACAGUCUCUUCUACAAUUAUCCGAGAUAGUAGCCUCUACACCUUGUGUCGUGUUGGGCAUUUAUUACUCUAAACCCGCAUUUUCUGUAAUUUAUUGAUCAAAAAACAUGUUAUGACCUAAGAGAUCGUACUCUGCUAAAUUGCCAUUCAUGUUUAUUCUCCCUCACGUCGAGUCUUGUGUACAAAACGUGUUAAGGCUAUCUCUGUAUGUGUUCGUGACACUAAUUUACCAUAACAGG